UCGUUGUUCAUAAAUAUUAAGAUUCUCAAGAUCCCACUAAAACGAAAACGUAACUCAGGAGAACUGUUUUCGAAGUCGCUUUUGUCAAAUUAUCAGACACUACCGUAUUUUUUUGUCCUUGUUGACACAUUUUUUGAAUUUUCUUCGACUCUUACCAACAUUCACUCGUAAUAACACAUUUAAAAAAAAAAUGUUGAAUAACGGUACAUCUGUUAAUAUUUAAUGAAUUAUUUCCAGUUUACAACGAUAUUCAUUUUCGCUUUGUUUAACUUACCAGCCACGACACUACACAGCUCUUUGUCUAAAUUACCAAUGAGAUGUAAAACAUUGUCAGUCAACUGAUAAUUAUUGCCCACGGUAUUUGAAACCUACGUAAGUGGAACCUAAUUCACGAAGGAGGUAAAAAUUGCCACUUAUGUUUUGCAUACCGUUUUCUUUGAAACAUGGCAAUUUACCAAACUUCCUUGAGUUAGGGAUUUAUCAUGCCUACCGUUUCCUUCUGUUGUGUUUUCAUCUUGCUGUCUACUCUGACAACGAAGACUCAUUGUUCUUCAGACAUCAACGAAUGCCAAGCUUGUCACAAAGACGCGUAUUGUACCAACUAUGAUGGAGACUAUACCUGUACUUGUGUGUCCGGGUACACUGGUAAUGGCACGGUAUGUAUAGCGCCAGAAAAAUGCCAAGCACCACUGGACCUAAUCUUUUUACUCGACGCAUCAGGGAGUGUUGGAAAAGACAACUACGUAAAAGAAAAAGAAUUCAUUAAGAUUGUGGCAAGCAGAUACGAACUAGGGAGAACCAGCCAAGCUGCUGUUAUUGUAUUUAGCAGUCGAGCAUCUAACAAAGUUCCGCUAGGCUCGAAGAACACAACGCUAUCGUUUGCUUCUGCGGUGGACAAUAUCCCGUAUGUCAGGGGGAUUACCCGUAUUGACCUCGCACUUCGUCUGGCCUACGAUGAGUAUUUUUCAUUAGAAGUCUCGAACGAUACUCAGAAACUAGUCAUAUUGUUGACUGAUGGGAUACAAAGUCGAUGGCCUGAUNAAAAGAUGAAAGUUCGUGCGUCAAAUCUUCUGAUAUUUUCAUAG